AUGUCUCGCCAACCCGUAACAGUGCCUUGUAAAUACAAAACCGGAAGAGUCCUUGGUAACGGUACCUACGCCACAGUCAAAGAGGCCAUGCGUAUCGAUACAGGCAAGUACUAUGCUUGUAAAAUUAUCAACAAAAAGUUGAUGGAGGGUCGUGAGCAUAUGAUUCGUAACGAAAUCAACAUCUUGAAACGUAUUUCUCAAGGGAACAAGAAUAUUUUGAGCUUGGUUGAUUACUUUGAAACUGUCAACAACUUGUACCUUGUGACAGACUUAGCAUCAGGCGGUGAAUUGUUUGAUCGUAUCUGUGAAAAGGGCAGUUACUUUGAGAAGGAUGCUGCCAAAAUUGUGCAAACUAUCUGCAGUGCUGUUGCUUAUCUCCAUGAUAAUGGAAUUGUUCAUCGCGAUUUAAAGCCCGAAAAUCUCUUGUUUCGUGAACGUGAUGAGGAUUCUGAUUUAUUGAUUGCUGAUUUCGGUUUGUCUCGUAUCAUUGAUACUGAUAAAUUCCACACGUUAAAGACGACAUGUGGUACUCCUGGUUACAUGGCACCCGAGAUUUUCAAGAAAACAGGACAUGGAAAGCCAGUCGAUCUUUGGGCAAUUGGUGUAAUCACUUACUUUUUAUUAUCUGGUUACACUCCAUUUGAGGGAUCAAACAAUGUUGAGGAGAUGCAAGCCAUCAUGAAUGCUGACUAUAACUAUGACGAUCCUUGUUGGGAGAACAUCAGCCAAGCAGCCAAGAACUUUAUCGACCGUUGUUUAACCAUCAAUCCUGAUGAGCGUAUCACUGCACACCAGGCUCUUGAACAUGAAUGGUUGCUCACCAUUUCAGAUGAAAGCAAAUCCACUGAGGAAGGUGGAGAUUUGUUGCCCAACUUGCGUACCAACUUCAAUGCCCGUCGCACAUUCAAGAAGGCCAUCAACAUGGUUACUCUUUCAAAUCACUUUGGACAUAGCUUAAAGAACAGUUCUUCUAGUACAAACAGUGAAAACAAUAUUCAGCCAGUUAAUGAAGGUAUUGAUCAAGUAUUGGAAACUGCAUAA